AUGGCCCCGCAAGCCUCUCAAGACAGCUUCAUCGACGAGGAGGAUGACACCUGUCCCCUUUGCGUGGAAGAGUUCGAUCUCUCAGAUAAAAACUUUCGACCAUGCCCUUGUGGAUAUCAGGUCUGCCAGUUUUGCUACAACAAUAUCAAAAAUAAUAUGAAUGGUCUUUGUCCUGCUUGUCGUAGACCAUAUGAUGAGAAGACAAUAGAGUGGAAAGUUGUUACACCCGAAGAGAUUGCCCAGUUCAAAGCCAAGGUUCAAAAGGAAGCAAAAAAGAAAGCAGAGCAACGGCAGAAGGAGGCACAAAAACGAGAGGUGGAAAGUCUGAACAGAAAACACUUGUCUGGCCUUCGAGUUAUUCAGAAGAACCUUGUUUACGUCGUUGGCCUGAGUCCAAGCACACGGGAGGACGAAAUACUUCAGACACUCCGAGGGGAGAAAUACUUCGGCCAAUAUGGGAAAAUCAUCAAGAUAGUUGUCAGCAAGGCGAAGUCGACCGAAAAUGGCGGGUCUCUUGGGGUAUACGUUACCUUCGCCCGGAAGGAGGAUGCUGCUCGGUGCAUCGCUGCGGUCAAUGGUUCCCAAAAUGGCGACAGGAUAUUACGCGCACAACUAGGGACGACGAAAUACUGCUCGGCAUAUUUGCGGAACGAAGUAUGCACCAACAAACAGUGCAUGUUCCUUCACGAACCUGGCGACAACGACGAUAGUUACUCGAGGCAAGACUUAUCUUCGAUCAACAGUGUGAACACCCAACGGCCCCUUCCAGUCAUGGCUUCCUCAUCCGGUGCUGCUUCUCGGCAAGUAGCCCAGUCUCAAGCUCCUGCUCAGCAGGCGCAACCCGCCUCUUCUACGUCACAACCUAUGGCUCGAGAAGGAAGUAAAGAUGGGUCAGACAGUGGCGAUGGUUCUGCACUUCCGUCUUCCGCAAGUUGGGCAAAACAACGUAGCAGGAGAGGGAGCCACGCCACAAGUGGUGCAACUCCAAGUCCUGCCAUUUCGCAAGCCAUGCCAGCAACGACAGAACCAGCGAAAGAGGUUCCCGAUUCCGCGGAGGAGCGGCAAGAGCCCGAGAAUAAAUCCCCUGCUGCCCCUGCCGUCGAAGUAUCCGCCUCUACCGACGUACCACGGCCGGAUCGGGAUCCGGUUCUAAUGGACUUGUUGAAGUCUAUCAAUUCACCAUCAUUAUCUUUCCCAUUGGAUAUGACGCACGAAGCACCGGAAUUGGACUCCUUCCCACCCCUCUUCGACAACCAAGGUGGCGAGAAACGAAGAGCUCUUCGUGAGCAACAGGAGGAGGCGAGACUUCACAUUGAACAGGAAUCCCAGGCGGAUCUGAGAUCAGUCACAGAACCCGCGGAGGAGGAGGAGCCCGAAACUUGCAUGAGUGGUAGUUUACAGCUUGGUGGAGAGCCAGAAGAUGGUAGUGGUCGUGAAAGCAGCGUACCUCAUGGAUUCCAUAGCCAACAACGACCGAGUACGCAGCUGCCGAUUCAGCGUUCCUCUAACAGCGGGCCAUUUGCACCAAGCAUCGGACAGAAUUACAACGCCCAGAAUCUCAGCAAUCUGACCUCUAUCAACGGACGAACCCUGACACCACAACAACAGCAUCAGCUGCUGAUACUCAAAUCGGGCCAGCCGCAGACUGGGUUUAUGGAUCAAUAUCCCCCUGGAAUUGGGAACACUCACAGCCAAGGAUCUGCGCUGUUCCCGCAGCAAGGUCACAACAGACAAUCUUCACGAUUUGACUUUGCAAACGGUACUUCAGCGGCUUCUGUUAAACCUUCAGCGAAUCCCAAAUUCCUGGCACAACAGUCCUCUAUGAUGCCAUCUGCGAAUCACGCUCAAGGAAGCCAGUUCUAUGGUUCGUCCAUGCAAGGUCCUCCACCGGGUCUGAAAUCCUCUGGUACACCUCCGAUUUACGGUCAAGGUCACUCGUUUGGUGGUUCGAUGGGUGGCAACUCUCUUUUUGGCGCGGGCAAGGAAAAUACCAACGAUAUGCUUAAUAUGCUUCGGGUUCGUGGUGCGGCUGGUGGUAGCCAAGUUCAUGAUAGCAAGCGUGAGUACAUGUUUCCUUCUUUUCUUCAGCAGUACCCAUCUGCCUCCUCCACUCCAGCUCCUGCUUCUGGCCUUCAGGCAUCGCUCUAUGGUCCUCAGACUGGAGCAUUCCAUGACUUCGGUCAAAAGCAGAAGAAGAAGGGAAAGAAGCACAGACAUGCUAACACUUCCUCCUCUGGGGGAGGUGGCUUAGUCGAUCUUGCGGACCCGAGUAUCUUGCAGUCGAGAAUGCAGCACCAGCAACAGAGCAAUGCCGGAGUCGGGCAGGGACUGUUUGGCGGACAGGCUCCAGGUGGGUACAAUCCGAGCAUGAUGUAUGGCGCGGGAUUUGGCCGAUGGUAG